AAAGACCACUCCCCCCCACCCAAUUUUAUAAGCUUCCAGUUUCAGAAAACCUGGGUCUGGGUCUGUCUGUCCUUCACAAUAAAUCUCACUGCCUGGUGUUCCAACAUGCUCCUGAUCAGCACAGACCAGGUGAGGGUGGGGAUGACUCAGCUGGGACGAGGCUGGGAAAACAGGCUGGGGCCUGUGAAGCAGUUGGGUCAGGCAUAAUAGUGAGGGCUGGCUCAUGUAAUGUCUCAAACUUCAACCCCCUCCUUGUUUCCACCACCGGCUCCUUGCCCAGACCAAACUUGUCUUCAUAUCUACAGAGUCAGAUUUUAGGUCUGGCGAGGGUCUUUGCCAUUAAAGCUCAUUUUUCAAGCUCUAAGAAGGGCCUAGGGCCCCUCAGUUUUGUGAACUCCCCUCCCUGCAAAAUGAAGCCACAGUGUUGGCCAAUACCUUACGCAGGUAGAAUACUUGGUUCACUCGUUAGAUAUAAUCUGCCUGGUGUGUCCUUGCGUGGGCGGAAACCAAAGAAGGAUGUCUACCAAUCUAUUCACUAAAACACAAACCAGAGCAAUUCUGCACACCUUCACUUCAUGCCCAUUAUGAGCAAAGCUUCUGAGUUACCCUUCCGAGGGGAUAGAAAGCUGACAAGACAUGAUGCUGGUCCCCAGUAUUUAUAUCAGAGAACGUGGUGUGGAAAGCUCGUCCCUCAUUUGCUAUUACUAGCUGCCAUUCGGCACCUACUAUAGGCUGGGCACUUUGUUACCUAGCCCCUACUUCUACCACCAACCCUAGAAGGUAGAUGUCCUUACUCUCAUCUUGUGGAUGUGGAAACUGAGGUUAUGGGACUUACCCGGGUCAGGCAGCUGGGGUAGCCGUCUGCUUGUGAGGCCUGUGGAGGCUGAGGGACAGCAUGUGCAGCGUCAGAUGAAAACAGAAAGACAGUGGGCCGCCAAACGUUCUCUUCUCUGUUUCACACAAGCUUGUAUUGGAAUCCCGGUUUUAUCACAGUGUGGGCUUGAGAAAGCUGCUCUCUGUCUUCCUUUUCUCAUCUGUGAACUGGACAAAAUACUUCCUGAUACAGUUGGAAAGUUGAAAUGAGAUAGUGGGGACGUUGCUCAGUUCCUGGCACAUUCGGGUACAAAAUGACUCACUUCAGUACAGGGUGCCCAUCUGCUCAUCCCUUAGAGCUGCAUGCCACUUCCUCAGAAAUGGAUGUUCCUACUGAAUUGUUCCCUCCUUGGUGAGGCCUUCCCUGGCCACCCUAUCUAGAAGGCCAACCCCAGUCCAACUCUUAGUACCUGUUCCCCUACCUUAUUUUAUCACUGACUAAUAUGUUACAAAUCGUACGCAUUUAUUUUUGUUUGUCUUGUCUGCCCCCAUCCACAAGAAGGUAAAGUUCUUGAGACCAGGAAUCUUGUGUUAUUUCUGUAUCAUCCCAAGCACAAAUAUGUAUUGGUUAAAAGAAUACAUUAAAAAAACAAAGAAAAAAACCCUCUUUGGCUCAGAAAAUUGGCUUCUAAUUUGGCUUUUUCCUAAAUAGUGGUUAGCUUACUUAAAAUAUCUAGGCCUCAGUUUCCUCCUUUGUAAAAUGGGAAGAAUAAUGGUAUCAAUUUUAAGACUGCUCAGGUAAUAAAGUGAUAUGUAUAUAAAAACUGAUAUAAGCAAAUGGAUAAAUACUUGCUAUUGUUAUCACUUAAAAUAAUCUGACUAGUUAUUGAAAUUGUCUUUCAAUGUUGCCCAGAGCUUUUAGGAUAGGAGAGGAGGAGGCUAAAAGCCAAGGAUGCCCCCUGCAUUUUCAGCCCCCUGGUUCCCCUUGUUAGGCUGCUGACAGUUAAAUAGGUGUGAAAGUGCUGGAUGUUCUCCCUCCAUGGCAGGUGACAGGUCUGGGUUACCAUUAUCAUGUCAUUGAGGAAGAAAGCAAACCGAGGCUUGCCCGAGGUCAAAUGACUUGCCCAGGGCCACUCACCUCAAAAAACCAGGGCAGAAGGAACCCAAACCUGGAUCUUGUCUCCUGAAAUUGUAUUGUCAGCUGCCUCUCUUCCAAGCUCUCUCUACAGUGCGGGCUGGGGGCGGGGCUGUGAGCUCAGGUGCCCUGGGUUCCCCGGGCUUGUCACUUUCAUCUGCGGCAAUGCACUGAACUUUUCCCCACGCAGUUUUCCAGCACGGAAAACAUGGAAAAUAAAGCCCACACCCCAAAGCUUUGUGUUCGGGAUCACAGGCAAGGAGGACUCUUUGGAAACUGUAAAGUGCUGCACAAAUAACCUUUGCAACAGGCAUUAAGACUCGAGCCCCCUACGUGCCUUUCCCGGGAGACGCUCCACCCCCCUCCAAGGCGGCGCGGGGAAGGAAGGAGGAUUAACCCCCUGGGCGCCUGUCUGGGCGUUUCUCCAGGCGGCGGGGAGGAGUUCCGCCCCUCGCCCCCGCCUCGCCGCUCCUCUCCCUGGCGCCCGCACUCGUGCUCCCGGAGUCCGUCUCCCGCCCAGGCCCCGGCUGCAAUCCCCAGUCUGGCACUGCACGCGGGCGGCCCGCCAGGAUGCAGGCCCCGCACAAGGAGCACCUGUACAAGCUGCUGGUGAUCGGCGACCUGGGCGUGGGCAAGACCAGCAUCAUCAAGCGCUAUGUGCACCAGAACUUCUCCUCGCACUACCGGGCCACCAUCGGUGUGGACUUCGCGCUCAAGGUGCUCCACUGGGACCCGGAGACGGUGGUGCGCCUGCAGCUCUGGGACAUCGCAGGUCAAGAAAGAUUUGGAAACAUGACAAGGGUCUAUUACCGAGAAGCUAUGGGUGCAUUUAUUGUCUUCGAUGUCACCAGGCCAGCUACAUUUGAAGCAGUGACAAAGUGGAAAAAUGAUUUGGACUCAAAGUUAAGUCUCCCUAAUGGCAAGCCAGUUUCAGUGGUUUUGUUGGCCAACAAAUGUGACCAGGGGAAGGAUGUGCUCAUGAACAAUGGCCUCAAGAUGGACCAGUUCUGCAAGGAGCAUGGUUUCGUAGGAUGGUUUGAAACAUCAGCAAAGGAGAAUAUCAACAUUGAUGAAGCCUCCAGAUGCCUGGUGAAACAUAUACUUGCAAAUGAGUGUGACCUAAUGGAGUCCAUUGAGCCAGACAUCGUGAAGCCCCAUCUCACGUCGCCCAAGAUUGUCAGCUGCUCCAGCUGUGCCAAAUCCUAGGAGGCUUCUUUGCUGGCAUCUGACAGAAAUAAUCCCAUUAUCUCAUGUCUCAAUUCUUACCAAUUUGAGUAAAUGUCGGGAUAGGGAUACACAUGCGGCAAGCCAAAGUUCUAUGCCGGUACCUUUCCUAGAAGAGAGAAAAAUAGCAAAAUUUCUUUUUUAUGUUUUUCCCAGCAUCAACACAAUGUUUACAGGCUUGUUAAAUAUUUAGUCUGUUACAGAAUUCUGUCUUGUAGCCAACCACGAUUCUGCAGGGCCAGCAUCGGCCCUGUUACUUGCUGCUUGGAAUCAGCCAAGGCCUCGGGUCUUAAAGAGAAAGGGGAGAGGAGCACACUAGCUGUUAAGUUAAGUGCUGGCUUUCACUUUGCCCCUAGUGCCUUUGUCCAGAUUUCAAUACGUUCUCUGCUGGGCUGACAGGCCUAUUAAGUAGAAACAGUUUUUUCUCCAGAGAUGACCUCCAUUUUCGACAGACCGAAGAGUCAUCUCCAGUUUAGCCCGUCAGAGUCAUGUACGCUGGUUUCCUCUGCUUUUGUGGCUUUUAUUGUCAGUCGCCAUGCCCUAAAUGGUUUAACUGAAAACUGUAUGAAAAGACCUGCCUCCAUAUGUGCCUUUCUUUUAGCUUUCUCUGACUCAAGCUGUGGGUCUCUUCUGUUCAUGUAAUAUAUAUUAUAUAUAUUUUCACAAGUGGAAAAUAAAACAUUAAAAGAUGCUGUUUCCCUAUUUCUGA